CUUUUGCGGGGAUUUGUUGACCAGGUAUAAGAAAUUAUGUCAGAAAUCAGUAAGGUGAAAAGACGCAGAAAUCGAGUGUCAUUAGUGUGCUCCAAUUGCAAAGAGAAAAAAAUCAAGUGUAAUCGCCAGCAACCAUGUUCAAAUUGUAUCAAAUCGUCGCUAAUCAGCUCAUGCACCUAUAAUUACAGUUUUAAAAAGGAAAAGGACAGCUCCUUAACUACUGAGGAAAAAAACGAGGAAAAAAGUAAAGAAACGGAAGUUGUUUCUGCGGAUGACGUCCAUUGGGAGGAAGGAAGUCCAGGUACGACAUAUCAAAAGACAAUUUUGGACGUGGAGUUCAGUUACCCAAACGAGUAUAAUGUUUUCAGAAAACCAUCUAACACCCAGCUAAGGCCAAUCUUCCAUUGUGCGUAUAUGAGAGAAGAGCACGUUUUGUCUUUCAAAUUUUUAAUGUCUUUCAAGCAGCUUCUCAACAACGAAAGAAGGUUAUGGAAGUCGAAGAAUUUUAAUAAGAAUUUCCAACUAAUAGAGUUGCAAUAUGGAGGUAUCGACAUUAAAGACGGUUCUGCAUGUCAGAUUUUAAAUCAAUGGGUGAACGAUAUGAUUUGCAACAAUUAUUACGCUAUACUCGAAAGAUUGAGAUAUUUUCAAACAGAACUCAAUAAAAUACUAUUCAAUUCGUAUAUUCCAAUGGGGGUUGUGCAGCUAAUCUUUCACUACUAUUUUAAUAUGAAGCAGGAAGGUGUUGUGUUCAGACGUCCCAGAAAAAAUUUUGAGUAUUCUUUUAUUGCAUUGAUUACCUCCCUGGUCGAAUUGACUAACAUCUUUACCAGAUAUGCUGAUUACAGCUUUAAUUUCCCGUUACCUCAACAAAACAACGAGUUCAAUGAGCUUUCUGUCAAGUUAUUAAAUGCCUCAAAUUACAGAAGAAAGCGCACGAUUUUUGCGGUCUAUACUCUCCUAAACUUGAGACUCUCUUUGAUGGUAUAUGGUGAUGCUCAGAGUGGGGGAGUAGCAAUGCAAAACACACAACCUUUAUUCCAGACUGCUGUAAGCAUUUUUAUAGAAAUGGGCUUGCACGCCAAUCUCGAUAAAAUCCUUUACUUUGAGCCCCCCCCUAAUGUGAGCAAUGGGCAUGAACAUUUCAAUGAACUUUUUUUUGCUAAAGACAUUCCGACAGAGUCUCUCAAGGUCUUGUGGAACUACUUACUAGUUACAGACAUCACAUACUACAUUGAUUUAUCCACACAUCCUUUCAUAAAUGAUCGAUUUUGCCACGGCUUUUACAAGUUAGCAAACAGAGAGAGCACAAGCACAGAAUCAAUUUGGAAUCUUAUCAGAGAAAUCUCCUACGAGUUACUCAGCCAGAAGCCUUACCCUUUAAGGAUGAUUGCCAAAUAUGACUCUAAACUUAUAAAGCUAUUGUCCUCUCUUGGUUCCUUUGCAGAUUACCAAUCAUUUGAAAAAAACGAAGAGAAAUGGCAAUCGUUUCACUUAAUGUUUAAGAUAUUGAAACUAAUUUAUAUGUUUCAGUUCAAAAUUCAUGCCUUCCUAGAUGAAGGGAAUCUCUAUGAAAACUAUUCAAAAGACGUCGUAGAUGAUAAAAAAAAUCAAGAGAUCAUAAAAAGUCUGAAAAAAGAAUGUGGAAUUAAGAGCAAGAUUGUUUAUUUUCUUGGCAUAUCUGCCCUCUUAAAAAUGUCAGAGAGCAACCUUAGUUACAAGUUUUUGCUUUACAACCGUGAAGUAUUUUCGACUUGGAUUGGAACGGAAUCGAUAUUACUAAUCGAUAUGAUCUUAACCGACGGCCUCAGAGCGAAGAAUAAAAAAAUAGUACCUGCUAUGGAUGAGCCUAAGAAUUUCAGUCUACCAGAAGUACGUGUGUUUGACAUUAAAGAGUUAGAAGAUGCACUUUACAACUUUAGUGCAAAAAAACAUUCGCAGCUUUUGCUUCAAAUCGAAGAUACAUGCGAGCCUGAAAAUAUCCUAUCUUUUAUGAGCUACUGUUACGAGAAAAUAAUAAAUGUCCCUGCACUAUUUUCUGAUUACAAAUUUUUUGUAAUGACCAAGUUGUUUUUCUUAACAAUUUAUUUCUUGUACUCUUACAUUGAGACACAUUGUGAUUCCUUCAAAACUGUUUACAAUAACUUGGAAAAGUUGAGAGCCAUGACUCAGAAAAUUAUUUCCAAAAAUUUACAGGAGGGAAGAUUGUUACACUUGCUCCCCACUCAUCAAGUUAUUGAUGAGUUGCGAGAAAGGGAUGAUGGUUCAAAAAAUGCACAACCUAAAUCCGAUUCCCUUUCUAAUUUAAGUCUGAGUACAAAUACUAUUUCCAAAUUGGGUGAGCAAAUGCAUUCCAGUGCCGAUAUCAACUGGACACCAGAUUCAUUGAGCACUACCAGUUCCAUGCUACCUUCACAGUUUGAUGAUAUUGCAUCAGCUGUUUUUGAAGAUGAAGGAAUGGUGAAUAUUCUCAAUGAAAUAAAUCAGUACUUCAAUCAGCCCAUGGGCUAAAUAAAUGUACUCUGAUUGUAUUCAAGUUUUUUACUCUGCGUUUAUAAGUUUUAGCUUAUGUGUAUUUUUAGUUUAAUUAAUCUACUUGG